UUGGUUUUCUCCCUUGACAGGUGGUCUUUCGAUGAGAAAUAUUUCGCUUGUUUGAAAGCUCCAGAAAAGGACAAACUCGAGAAGGAAAAGAAGGUCAAUGGUAUUUCUGUCUUUGAAACCGAGAAAUUCGCGUUGGUCGAUCAUCGCAACAUCAUUGUGGAAAAUAUCAAGACCUUCCAGUGGUGCCCUACGCAAAACAUUCUCUCCUAUUAUGCUGAAUGCACGGACUCUCUUCCUGCUGAGUUUGGAUUGGUGCAGAUGCCUAACCAACAGAGGCUGAGGUCAGGACGUAUUCAUAACGUUGCGGAUGCUCAAAUUAUGAGUCGCAGGUACUCGAAGAAGCAAAUGAAAGAAGGUGGUGAAGUGAAGUAUGUAGGAGGAUGUACGUACCAUUUGGAAAUCUUCGAAAUUGACAAGAAAGAUGUUUCUUUGAUGAAUCUGCCACUUCCUGAACCGUUCAUCAACUUUGGUUGGCAGCCUUACGGCGAAAAGUUCUGUGUUCUUACUGGAAAUCAGGCGAAAGUAACACCUUUGGUAUAUCGUCUUGAACCUAAUAGUCAUGCACCCAAAUUGAUGAGCAAAUUGGAUCCAGGUGUUCAGUUCAACGAGGUGUCGUGGGCUCCUCAUGGUGGAUGGUUAGCUAUACUGGCGAAACGGUCGAAUGGUGGUAAUGUAAUGUUUGUCGACACAACCUUGCAAGAAGCCAAGCGCACAAAUGUUGUAGAGCACCCAGGCUUUAAUAAGGGAUACUGGGAUCCAACAGGUCGAUAUUUCGUGACAUGCUCGACGCUCGGAGGAAGAAUAGGAGCUGAUCUUGGUUUUAGGCUAUAUACUUUCCAGGGUCGAGAACUCUGCCGGAAAGCACUGGAACGUUUAUCCCAGUUCAAAUGGCGUCCCCGUCCACCCGUAAAAUUAAGUGAACAGAAGUUGAAGGAGAUCAAGAAUAACCUGAAGAAAACAGCGGUUCGUUUCGAACGUGAAGACAACGAAGAGAAGAAUAGGGCUAGCCAGGAAGUUAUUGAGAAGCGAAGAAAGAUAAUGGCAGCAUUCGAUGUGAUUCGCCAAAGAAAUCUCAAGAAAAUCGCGGCUCAGCGUGAGCUUAGGAUAUCGCUUAGAGGUGGUACGGAUACUGACAACAAGCAGGCUGAAGAGCUCGUUGAAGAGCAAAUUAUGGUAGCACUCGAUACGCAAAAGACAUUAGCACCGUUGGGAGAGGACGAAUUGGACUAG